ACGAGCACAGCACGCUAGACGUGAUGCGGUAUGCUGACUCCAGAGCGUGUCCCGAACGCGCUGCCUCAUAAUAUCCUUUAUGGGUGAAAAUGCUGCCGAACAAGGGAGUCAUUGCCUUUAAAGGCAAUGACUACCUAGGCAGCUGUCUUCGGAUUGGACCGCACCUUAUAUCUUAACAAAAUGCAAUAAUGCAAACACUGUAUGUAAAAUGCCAUUGUUUACAAUGCACUUAUAGCUAACCGGAAAUGAAAAUGCCGGUAUAGAUGAAGGCGAAAGUCUUACGUGCAUAGAGCCUAUUACAGUAUAUUAGAAAAAAAACGUGAUUGAGAGUUGUCUGUUUUGCCAUUGAAACCCAUGGGGAUGGGUGGAGUUACACAGCUUUCUGCAGCCGAACAGCAGGGGGUGCCCGACCUGUGGUGGCUUCACUUUUGAGAGAUGAUGCUCUGUCCAGCUAUACACAGUCUAUGGUUUAACUGAUUUAGGCAGUUCUGUUCCGUUAAAUGACUUGCUUUUAUUUUAAUAUUCACUGGCAUUUUUGUCUUUUCCAGAAAUGAAAAUAUUCUCCUGAAAUUCACCACCAACAACCAGGAUAUUUAUCAAAAGAUCAAAGUUAAACUGCUGAAAGAGGGGAAGCACAAGCCAUCCUGAAGAAUCUGGAGAACACACAAAAAUAGUUUGCUACAUUUAACAGACAAAUAAAGCCAAGUCCCGACAUGGAGAAACAUCAGCACUCUGUCAAGAGUUUUACUAAACAGAGUAAUCUCAAAAAACAUCAGCGCAUUCACACAGGAGAGAAACCGUAUCACUGCUCAGACUGUGGGAAGAGUUUUACUGAACAGAGUACUCUCAAACUCCACCAGCGCAUUCACACAGGAGAGAAACCGUAUCACUGCUCAGACUGUGGGAAGAAUUUUAAUCAACAGAGUACUUUCAAAACACAUCAGCGCAUUCACACAGGAGAGAAACCGUACCACUGCUCAGACUGUGGGAAGAGUUUUAAUCAACAGGGUCAUCUCAAACUGCACCAGCGCAUUCACACAGGAGAGAAACCGUAUCACUGCUCAGACUGUGGGAAGAUUUUUACUACCCAGAGUGAACUUAAACAACACCAGCGCAUUCACACAGGAGAGAAACCAUAUUACUGCUCAGACUGUGGGAAGAGUUUUAAUCAACAGGGUCAUCUCAAACUGCACCAGCGCAUUCACACAGGAGAGAAACCGUACCACUGCUCAGACUGUGGGAAGAGUUUUAAUCAACAGAGUACUCUCAAAAAACAUCAGCGCAUUCACACAGGAGAGAAACCGUAUCACUGCUCAGACUGUGGGAGGAGUUUUAAUCAACAGAGUAAUCUCAAAAUACACCAGCGCAUUCACACAGGAGUAAAACCAUAUUACUGUUCAGACUGUGGGAAGAGUUUUACUACCCAGAGUGAUUUUAAAAUACACCAGCGCAUUCACACAGAAGAGAAACCGUAUCACUGUUCAGAUUGUGAGAAGAGUUUUGCUACACACUUAAAAAUCAUCAGCGCAUUCACACAGGAGAGAAAACUGUCCCAAAUUUGUUCCACGGCAAUAAAAAGCUUUCAGACAGAACACCUUAUCCUACACAAAUGUUUCACUCUGUCACUUGGGACACGUUCCACCAGAAAUAAACAUGAACUGAAUUUAACAAUGGAUUUUACAGGUUCAGCAAAAAGAAUCUGAUCCAGAUGAUGUUUAUUGAAAUUAAUGUUAUGUUUUCUCGUACGUUUGAUAUUCCAGGACAUUCACUCGUUGAUGUACUUUUACUCUUUUCUAAUAUAUAUUUAUAUAUAUAUAUGUAUAUGUAAUGCUGAAACUAUUUUUCCAGUAAACUUUCAUACAUUUUAAAUUCUAAGCUCUGACUCAUUGGUCAUCAUUUCGUGUUCAUAACACUAACUUUACCAAGUGCAGAUGCGGUCACUGCACUGCCGUGCCGACUGCAACCGAGUGUAUUUGCUGUCAGGAGGCUAACGUGGACCAUUUGCUCAGAGAUCUUCCCUGCAGAACCCUGAGCAGAACUUUUCAGAUGCUUGUCUGAGAGCCAGAAUUUUUGGAGGUGUCUAUUCUCUCUCUAUGUGAGGUCCAUGCAGAAACCCUUCAGCCCGUCAACAGCAGGUAUUGCCAUCCCAUAAACUAGCCUGUUUAUAUACAUUUAAAUAUUUAGCAUGUAAAGUUCAAAAUUCAUUAAGACUGAUUGUUGAUAAACCGUUCAGUUUGUAAGUUAAAAGGCUUGCUGGGUAGCUAGCUUUAUUUAGCUAGUGUAAGCUAGCAUUGGCUAGCUAUCUUAAAAAGGCUAGCAUUAGCUAUUUAGCUCACUAACUUAGCAGGCUAAGUAGCUAAUGCUAGCUUUGUUAUCUGUUAACUGUCAGCUGUGUGUCGUUUGGCUCAUUCCGUGCAGCUCACAGCUGCUGCUUUUAUAGUAACUCCAGUCGGACGGUCUGUACAUCCCAGCUGUUCAGAGUUAAAAUUAAAAAGGAGGAAAAAAGCCUCGGACUUCAGCUUAUUUGUCCAGCGAACGACUAAAUUAAUGCUCUUGACUCAAAAACCCUUUCCUCCAUAGUCUUCGUGUAGAAAAUGCUCGCUACUAACCCUAGCAUUGUGGCUAACCCUAUAAAAUUAUACUACACCCAGUAUUGCUACACCCAGGGGCAAUACAAAGGUGCCCUCUUUGCAUCUAUUUUUGGUUUGGCUUUUAUUAUCCAUUAAGGAACCAGUGUGGGCUAAUAGUUAUUUAUAUGUUAGGUGUUGGAGAACCAACCUCGAGACGUCACUUACAGCGCUGGAACAAGAUGGCGCUACACUUACUUAAAAAAUGACGUUUAGAUUGCUUAUUAUUUUAACUCAGUUUCACUGACAACUGUUAAAACUCAUCUUGUGAAUUAUAUUAAAUAUUGAAGUGUUUCAUGUCCACUUUAAUAUUAGCUAAUGUAGCUAACUAAGACAUUCCAAACUGAAAAAAGUAGAUAAAGUUAGCUAAAGUAGAUAACUAAAAUAUUCCACACUGAAAUAAUGUAGUUAACAUUAGCUAGCUAGCUAAAUCAUUCCACACUGAAACAUAGUUGACAUUACCAAACAUUAGCUAACCAAGCUAUCUAAAACAUUCCACACUGAAAUUAAGCAGUUAAAAUUACCUAAAGUAGCUAACUCAAACAUUCCACACUGAAAUAAAGUAGUUAACAUUAGCUAACCUAGCUAACUAAAACAUUCCACACUAAAAUAAUGUAGUUAACAUUAGCUAACCUAGCUAGCUAAAACAUUCCACACUGAAAUUAAGCAGUUAAAAUUACCUAAAGUAGCUAACUCAAACAUUCCACACUGAAAUAGAGUAGUUAACAUUAGCUAACCUAGCUAGCUAAAACAUCCCACACUGGAAAAAAAGGGGGUUAAAAUUACCUAAAGUACCUAGCUGAAAGAGUACACACUGAAAUAAAGUUGUUAAUAUUAGCUAACCUAGCUAGCUAUAAAGAUUCCACACUGAAAUUAAGCAGUUAAAAUUACCUAAAGUAGCUAACUCAAACAUUCCACACUAAAAUAAAGUAGUUAACAUUAGCUAACCUAGCUAACUAAAACAUUCCACACUAAAAUAAUGUAGUUAACAUUAGCUAACCUAGCUAGCUAAAACAUUCCACACUGAAAUUAAGCAGUUAAAAUUACCUAAAGUAGCUAACUCAAACAUUCCACACUAAAAUAAUGUAGUUAACAUUAGCUAACCUAGCUAACUAAAUCUUUCCACUUUGAAAUGAAGUAAAAAUAAGCUAACGUAGCUAGCUAAAACAUUCCACACUGAAACACGGUUAACAUUAGCUAACAUAGCUAGCUAAAUUAUUCCACUCUUAAAUAAAGUAGUUAACAUUGGUUAACCUAGCUAGCUAAAAAAUUGCUAAUCUAGCUAGGUAAGUCAUUCCACACUGAAAUAAAGUAGUUAACAUUAGCUAACAUAGCUUGCUAAAUAAUUCCACACUUAAAUACAGUAGUUAAGCUAACCUAACUAGCUAAAUCUUUCCACUUUGAAAUGAAGUAAACAUUGGCUAACCUAGCUAGCUGAAACAUUCCACACUGAUAUAUAGUUAAUAUUAGUAAACCUAGCUAGCUAGAUCGUUCCACUUUCAAAUAAAUUAAACAUUAGCUAACCAAGCUAACUAAAUCAUUCCACACUGAAAUAGAGUAGUUAACAUUAGCUAACCUAGCUAGCUAAACAAUUCCACUCUGAAAUAAAGUAUUUAACAUUAGUUAACCUAGCUAUCUAAAUCUUUACAGUUUGAAAUGAAGUAAACAUUAGCUAACCUAGCUAGCUAAAUUUUCCACUUUUAAAUAAAUUAGACAUUUAGCUAACCUAGCUAAUUACAACAUUCCACACUGAAAUAAAGUGGUUACAUUUAGCUAACCUAGCUAGCUAAAACAUUCCACACUGAAAUAAAAUAUUUUCUAAGAACAUCUCAGUAAGACAGGUUAUUGUUAGUUGUUAAGGUUGUCUGUCAGUUUAAAGUGGAGUUUGCUAGCAACCAUUUUCUGAUUAUCACCACUUAGUAUCUGCAGGUCCCCAUUAACAAUUAAUUAAAUUAAUAAGUAAUACCAACAAAUUACACUUCUUACUAGUUGUUUCUAAGUUGAUUUCUGCUCGCAGUCCUUAUUAAUUACUUUAAUACUUAAUUGUUUUAAGACAUAUUAAAAACAAGUUAAUACAUUUUUACACCCAGUUACAAUGACUAGUAUGAAGUCCUUUUUCAUGAAGCAAUGUUUACCCAGCUAUUAAAACACUCACUGAUGUUA